ACAAGCGACAAAAGCAUUGGGCCUGGAGGAAAAAUGGCCUUGUCUAAUGGCACGGGUGUAUUGAAUCAAAUCAUCAUCUCGCCUUCCGACGCAGACUACCUGGAGCAGCUCAUCCCCUCUAUUCGAGAGUACAGCGUCGGCAAUCGGACCCCUCAGCUUCUGCAGUCUUUAUCACGAUUUGCAAGUGACAAGGAGGCUGAAAUUGAGAGCAUCUGCAACACUAACCACCAAGACUUCGUCUCCUCGGUCAAUUCGCUCCUACGCAUCCGAGAAGGCACCGUUACCCUCACCGCCGAGAUUCUGGAUCUCAACCAGUCCAUCCAAACGAGUACAGAGCGUCUUGCAGAACAAAAGAAGGCCUUGGUGGAGUCUCGGAGCCAUCGACAGAAUAUUGACGAAACAUCACGCGCCAUACAAGAUUGUCUGGAGGUUCUGCGAUUGGCAAAUCAGGUCCACGACCUGCUAGCCAAGAAGAACCAUUAUGCAGCCUUGCGUGCACUGGAGGAGUUACAAAAUGUCCAUCUAAAAGGGGUAACGCAAUACAAAAUUGCGGAGAUGAUUCAACGUUCGGUGCCUGCAACCCAACGGGCCAUCGCGGAAGCCGUCAUGUCGGAUUUGAACACCUGGCUGUAUCGGAUUCGAGAAAUGUCGCCGUUUCUCGGAGAGCUAGCUCUGUUUCACACAGAUCAGCGAAAGUCCAGGCUAAAACAACGCGCGGAAAAGGUUCCGUACCUUGAAAAUUUCAACCUGAACUCUGCCAUUGAGCUCGUGGCGGACGAAGAUGAAGAGUACGAUCUACUACAGAACGACGAUCUUCAGGUACCAUUUGCACCUUUAUUCGAGUGUCUGCACAUCCAUCAGUCCUUGGGGCAGAUGGACAAGUUCAGGAUUGAGUACGCAAACACGCGGCGUCGACAAAAAGACCUUUUGCUUCCGGCUUCCGUCACGCUCGUCGAUGAGGAUGGCGCCAGUCUUCAUAAUAUGUUGGAAGAAAUGGCCGGAUUUGCAAUUGUUGAGCGCGCGACGAUGAAACGCGUGCCAGACUUGAGAUCUUCCAUUGACAUUGACGAACUGUGGGAUUCAUCAUGCCAGGCCGCGGUUGGCUUGAUAUCGAAGGCACUACACGAAGUAGACAACGCAGAGAGCAUUUUGAAAACAAAAAAUUUGAUUGCGCUCUUCAUGCAGACAAUGAACACGUGGGGCUUUUCCACCAGAGUCUUCGACGACUUCCUACUGAAGCUGUUUGAAAAAUACGCGGAGCUACUUAAGAGGCGGUUCAGCGAUGAUUUCCAAGAGAUCGUAUCAACGGAUGACUACAUGCCCAUGCCCAUCCAGACUUUGGAAGAGUACGAUAAGGUGCUCAACGUGAGCUGGUACAGUCCUGAAAAGCCACGGGAUGAACAAGUUUUCCCUUGUAUCCUACCAUUCUCAAGAAUGUAUCCCUUGUGUUGCAUCGACAUUCGAAAUUUCUUGAACCAGUUCUACUUCUUCGCGAAUGACGACUUUUCUCAUCCGAAUGUGAUUGAUGAUACCUUAAAGGACGCGUUGGAUGACCUUCUCUCUCGAAAGGUCUGCGACACUCUGGUGGAGCGUCUUUCCUCGCAGUAUCUUGGGCAAAUUGUUCAGAUUUUGAUCAAUUUGGAACACUUUGAACUGGCCUGUCAUGAACUGGAACUCCUCCUGGCGGCUGCGAGAUCUCAAAACUCGACAGGUACCUCCAUCGCACUCAGGGCCACCGAGAAGUUUAGAAGCAACAAAAAGGCUGCAGAAAAGCGAAUCUUCGAGGUUGUCAACUCCAAAAUUGAUGAUCUCAUCGAAACUGCAGAAUACGAAUGGAUGGCACCCAACCCUCCCAGCGAGCCCAGCAAUUACAUGCAGACCCUAACACGAUUCCUGUCCAACAUUAUGAACUCAACCUUGCUCGGGCUGCCCACGGAAAUCAAAGAGCUGAUCUACUUUGACGCGCUCAGUCAUGCCGCAAACAUGAUCUUGGCCCAACCUCUCGCACCCGAAGUCAGAUCCAUCAAUCCUAAUGGUGUCACCGCACUUGCCAAGGAUGUCGAGUACCUUACACACUUCGUGGAUAGUCUGAACGUUCCUAUCCUACGUGAGAACCUCGACGAGCUACAACAAACGGUGCAGUUGAUGCAAGCCGAGAAUGCGGAUGAAUUCUACGACAUCUCAACCAGGAAUAAGAAGUAUGGGCGGGUCGAUGCCAUGCAGGGGCCUAUUUUGCUUGAGAAGUUGACUCGAACGGUACAAGUGCCGACCAAGGUGGACAAAUUCGUGAAUCUUUCCUCCCGAUUCAAGAAAUCCUCAUAA